AUGUCACUGUCUAUCAACACAAAGGGAACUGCAGCCAAGAUUGUAUCUGAAGAGGUCCAGCACAAACGAUAUAUCACUGUUUGGAAUCGUACAACAGAGUUUGAUGAUGGUCGCGUAAUCCAGUGGGACGUAGUAGGUCAUAGUACUCCUGAACCAACAUUUUGUGUUGUAUUUACAUUUGAUACCAAAACAAAAACGACCUGUAUUCUCAAGGAAUAUGCACAAGGCACUAAUGAAAUUAAAUACACUUGUGUAGCAGGUUCAUAUGAUAGACGAAAGCAUGCAAGCAUCACUCAAGCUGCUCAACAUGAACUCUCAGAAGAGGCUCUGUUAACAGGUGGUCAAUGGAUCAAUUUGCUUCCUUCUGAUUAUAAUGAGGAUGGUGUCAGUGAAUUGAAAUGGGUUUAUUACAAGAGCUGA